CAAACUCUCUGGCCAUGCACUACCCGUCCACCUCUGCCUGGAUCUGUGUUUGCGUGGGCGAGAUGUUGCCUAGUUGGAUCCUUCUGAUGUGUUUCGUGGGUCUUCAGUUGCGGAGCUGUGCGACUGAUCUGUGCAACUGGACUGGAAGCGGUUUUGCAGCUGGGGUGGACUCCAGGAUCGUCCUCCAGGUGCAGCUGCGCUGCACAGAGGGCUCGGUGCGUUGGAUAUACCCGGGCCAGGCCCUCCGAGUGGUCGUGGAGCCCAACCUCUCCACCGCCGGACGCACCACCGUGUGCAUCAAACCGUCUCCCUCUCUGCGCGGCGCCAGCGUCUUCAUCGAACGCGCCGGGGAGCUCGAGCUGCUGGUGACGGAGCGCGGGCUGCCCGAGCGGCAGGUCUGGUGUUUCCGGGCGGAGGGUCCGCAGAGGCCCGCUAUCUACCUCCAGUCCAGCCCGCAGAGCGAUGGGUCGUGGAGCAGACGUACGAUGGGCUUCAGAUAUGAGCUGCUGAGCAACAGGAGUGCUGCGCCCAACGGCGCCGGCCACACCUGGCUCCAGGCUUCAUGCCAACCUUGCAACAAUACACAACUCCUCAUGGCCGUCUGCAACAGUGACUUUGUGGUCCGAGGUUUCAUCCGCAAUGUUUCCCACAACUCUCAGCGUGGGACCUCGCUGGUGGAGGUGGCAGCCGAGAGGGUUUACUGGCAGCGCAGUGGAGUGUUUGAGCAGCAAGCCGCUGCCUCUGGCUCUCCGCUCGUGUCUUGGCGUGGACACAUCCACACCCUCGUGCAGUGCCGCGUGAGGCCCGGGGACGGAGAGUUUCUCUUCACGGGGUCAGAACACUUCGGGGAAGCUUGGUUGGGGUGUGCCCCGCGGUACAAAGACUUCCUGUCCGUCUACCAGACUGCCUGGGCAGCGCGUCGGAAUUCCUGUGACUUCCCUUUGGACUGAGGAAGUGUGGUCUGUUCGAGCUCUAACGGGGGGGAUCCGUGUAAUAUUUGCCACAUCCCGGGAAAGGUGGCAUGCAGGAAUCGCCAGCGUGGACGGAUUCAUUUAAUUGCUGGUAAAAGAAAUUCCCAUUUAAAGGAGCAGAGCAAGUGCAAACAGCAGGGCCUCCUGCACUGAGGCCCAGGGAGGGCAGGCCUUUGUCUCCCCCCCAUCACUGCCCUUAUCCCUGCGAGGGUGAGAAGGGGUUGGGUUGCUGCUCUCUCUCUUUGUGCUGCUCCCCACAUCAACCGUUGUUCACUUUGCCGGCUCUGUGUGACAAUUGCCCCCUGAACUGAGAUGGGAAGAAAGAGGGAAGCAAUGACGGUUUGUCGUAGUGAAAAGGCUCGUGCGUGUAUAUGAUUGUGAAGUUAUUUUUUAGUCUGAUUCAUCUGUGCUUAAGUUUCAAAUGCUCUUUGUUCUGUCUAUUUAUUUGUGUCGUACCGGGCGCAUGAUACUUAAAUUACAGAUUUGUUUUUUGUUUUUUCAUCUAAUUCACAAAUAUUGUGUUGUUAAUCUAAAAUAAAGUCGUAACUAUAUUAUUGAA